UCUCCAUUCAACAUGCAAGAAGGACGCUUCUGACGCGAAGAAUCUGUCAAGAAAACGACCAAAACAACAGGAAGUCUUGGGUAUAAAUGAUGAAGCCGGCAAGUCAGGGGCAUACUGACUCCAACAGGACAGACGACAGAGACAGAAGACCAUCAGGAGGGAGAGGACUUACUGACGCUCAUCAAGACAUCACUGCCGCAGCUCACCAUGGUGUCCUUCAGGGGAGCUCUUUUCUUUUUCAUCGUCGGCUUUGCCGUGUCUACCCCGAUCUCCAAACGGCAGGCUGAACAAAGUACGGAAGAGGCGUUCAGCUGUGAGGGCAGGUCUCCAGGCAUGUACAGUGAUCCUAAGAACUGCUCCAUGUACUACGAGUGUGUGCUGGGCCAUCCCGUGUACCACCGCGCAUGUGCGCCUGGAGGACCUGUGUUCGACGAACAAGACCAGAUGUGUGACUGGCCCGAGAACGUGGCGCCGCCUUGCGGGACCCAGAGGAUGGUUACGGAGGCGCCCGAGCCCUUCACGUGUGAGGACAGGGCCCCCGGUCUGUACGCAGACCUGCUGAACUGCAGUAUGUACUGGGAGUGUGUGGUCGGACAUUCCGCCUACAACCGGCCCUGUGCGCCUGACGGACUCGUCUUCAACAGUCUGCUGGGGGUGUGCGACUGGCCCUACAACGUCGUCGGUACAUGCGGGACCAAAGCUGAAUCCCGCGAUACGGACGACGCCAUGGCAGGCUCUGGAAACGAGACGGACGAUGCAGGCUCUGGGGACGAGAAUACCGAAGAAACCGUUGAAGUUUUCAGUUGUGAUGGGAGAGCUGAGGGCCUGUACUCGGACCCUAGCGACUGCUCCAUGUACUACCACUGUGCCGCGGGCCACCCUCCCUACCGCCGCCCAUGCGCCCCGGGAGGGACCGUCUUUGACGAGCAAGACCAGAUCUGUGAUUGGCCCGAGAACGUAGCGCCACCUUGCGGGACAGAGACGAUGCCUCCACCCUUCACGUGUGCGGACAAGGCCCCGGGCAGCUACACCGACCCGCAGAACUGUGCAAAGUUCUACCAGUGCGUGUCCGGUCACGCCGAGCCGAGCCACCGAGACUGUCCCGCGGGAGGACUCGUCUUUGACGCCGAGCUGAUGAUCUGUAACUGGCCGGCGGCCGUCCUGGCUCCAUGUGGGUACAAAACUGAGUAGAUGCUAGGAAGACACCAAGAAGAACCAGAAGCCCUCAGCUUCCUGUAUGUCUUGUAGCCUGAAGAUCUCGUCGUUGUUUCUUGAGGUUUUAUCGAACAAUGCAAAUAUAGCGCAAAUAUAGCGUUAACAGAGCUUUUAUCCUGUUUCCUAGCAGUAACGUUAUAAAUGGCCGCUGGUCGGUCUGAAUGUUUUGGACGUCUUCGCUUUGUACUGUUUGUAAGUUACGGCGUUUAGUUGAGAAUUUGCUUCAUUUGUAAAAUUUUACACUAUAUAUUUGCAAUAAAGAGUUAACAAUUGUAUCAUA